AUGGAUGCUUGUCAUGGAUGAACGUGGAGAGUUUCUCCUGGAGUCUUUUUUUCUCACUGCGUCCACGAGUCGCGUCAACGCGACGUUUACCGGACAAAUCGUAGGUUUAAACAAACCGAUCCCUCGAAGGAGAGCUCGAUCCAGCAGGCAGAUCGUGCGCGGGAAAAGAUCUCGUGUCCGCGACACUCUCACGUGUCGCAGCGGCCGCGACGAAUCGGGAUGUACGCGACAGUUUAGACUCGUCGUCCCGACCGGCACGACGACGAGACUCUCCAGCUUGGAUACCGAUACUUUUGAUGCGCUUCGCACGCGCGCAACGAUCGCCUCGUAUGCUGCCACGAUGCGAUGAUUUCAUCUCCGCGCGGAUGCAUUUUCUCCAGAAUCCGGGUUCUUCGAUUUCUGACGUCACGGUCAAAGAUGGCCGGACGACUUCUCGAAGUAAUCGAAGUGAUAUGACUCGGAAAUUAUUAAUGUCGAGUAAUAAUUAUAAUGUUCCCUGUGUUUGCGCGCGCACGCAUUUAUGAUAUUCGAAGAAUAAUAUAAUAUACAUGUUUGUAUUUAUUUAAUAUUCAUAAUAAUCGUCCAGAGCGAAUCUGACUGAUUUUCCUCUUGAAAUAUCAAAUUAUGAUAAUUUUCUUUAUUAAAAACGAGGCGAUAAUUGGACUUUCACAUAUAUAGUAGUAUUUGAUUCGAUAACGGCUCGAAAAGUAGACCGAUCUCGCUGAUGACAUCGUUAUGUCAUCGCGAUAUCUCUUAAAUUUACAACUUGGUAGUUCGGUACACCAGUAAUCGUUCGGAUAUCACAUUUUUCUCUUUUCUCGCUCCUCUGCAGAAACAGCGAUAAUUUUAUUGAAAAAAAUAUAAGAUACUGUGCAUACGUAAUACAGGCGACAUCUCGGUAGGAAUCGCAGAAAUACGGUUGCUAUAUUCGAUAGAACAAUUAAAAAAACAAUUAGGACACUGAAAAUUAAUGUAUAAAACGAAUUUGCGAAUGUUAUGAAUUAUGAUAAAUUAUCAGGCGUUAUUAAUGUUUAUCGAGGAAGUUAUUUCUACAUGUUAAUGUUGUUGCAUACUCCGCUUUAUGAAACCGAGUGUGCGCAUUUUCGAGAUGUUAAAAUGAGGUUAUAAAUAUCUUUCGAUUGAUCAAUAAAACUUGGCGAAUGCAUUAA